CGUAAUCCCGGUCCCCACAGCGGUUUGGAGCCGGACCGGAAGCACUGGUCUGUUGGUUUGCGGUGCCGACCCGUGAAAACAGCUGCCGCGGAAUCCGGCGGCGGCGGCUGCGGUGGACGGUGGUGGCUGCGGUGGCAGGCUGCUGCGGAGGACGGCGGCGGCGGCGGCAGGGGACGGUUGCUGCGGCGGAUGGCGGACGGCGGCGGCUGCAGCGGACGACCGGCGCCUGGGACGAACAUGCCGCGCGACGGCCUCGCUCGAGGCCUCGAGGUGGAGGCCGCGCUCACAGCCGAGGCAGCGUGGGAACUGAAGGAGGCUGUUGCGUCCAUGGCUGCCGGGUCCUUGGACAUGGAUGUGGACUCACCACCGCAUCUCCCCGUAGAGACCUCUGCUAACAAGGAUAACCUGGAUGGUGAAGAACAAUCUUUACAAGCAUCUGCUGCAAUGUCCUUAGAAGAAAGCAAUCGCAGGAUCAAUAGAUUAAUUGCCAUGCAUAAGAAGUUAUCAGAAGCAAAUAUGGCAUCAUUGCCAUCUCAAGUCGAGAAGCGGAAGAGGUCAACUUCAGCAGUUAAUGCUUCAAAUAUUGUACAUAUAAGCGAAACAGAUCAAACCAGCUUUCCCACUCCGAUCUCUUCAGUUCACAAGAGAAGCAAAAGAGUUGGGUCAAAAAAAUCACUUGUUUGGAAGCAUUUUGAUACAGGAUUGAGGGGACAGGAUCCUAUUGCAACAUGCAAAUAUUGCGGAUUUCAGUGAGGGAUGCAAGUAUGAGAGUACUAUUGCUUAUGCUGGUCUAAAGGCAACAUCAAUUUUGUUUAAGUAAAUUUGUUGUGUUGGGUCCGUGCUAUUGGAAAUCAUGAAUUGAACAGCAGAGAUCUCACUUAUGCAAAAUUAAUAUGCCAGUGCUAAAUCAGAGUGUUUUGCCUAGAGCUUGGUAUUGUUUCAAACAUGAUGUUCAAAAAGUUAAUACUCUUGAGUUUCUCCACUUCAAAAAUAUUUUAUAUA